UAUGAAUAAAACUGUUUUGUUAAACAUUUUUACAUCAUUACACGCAGAGUAUAAUAUAUCGCAUUCACCAGAUUACACUGUUCUAGGUCAAAAGGCAAGGUGUUUAUUAGUGAGGAAAAUGGCAGCUUCUUCUCCAUUAAUAUCGGAACGCUUUGCAGUCAAAUCAGCUGUAAAGUUUAUCAAGUCUUUGAAAGAUUUCGGAGAGAAAUCGAUGCCCCUAUUCAAAGGUAAAGUUGACUAUGAAAUGAAGCAGUUUGUUGCUGCGGCCAUUGUUUCAUUUGACGAAAUUGAUCAAGAAGACCUAGGAAUUAUAGAAGAGGCAAACCGGAAAUUAAAGAUGGCUUUGACAACCAAAAUUGAUUUGGAUAUUUAUCACAACUAUAGUUUGUCAUUUGAAAGGUUGGUUGUAUUGAUGAAUACACCCAAACCGGUAAGGCAUGGGGAGGCAGGAUUAUUAGAUCCGUCUGGAGAUAUAAGAAAGAAAAUUUUAAAAUCUGAUUUCAAUAGUUCACGUAUUAAAACCGACGAUACAAUCUUCCUUAACACAUUAAAGAAAUCAUUUUUCAGCAAAUUCAAUCAUUAUGAAUAUAUUAUUUGCAUCUUUUCCCAUUUCAUUCCGUGUACAGAAAAAGAACAUCAAUGUGCAAAACUUAUAGAUGAGUUUGCAAGACAACAUAAUACUGAGAUCAUCAUUUCAUCUGAGAGAGUCUUUGAUUUUACCAAUCAUCAUGAAGCGUGGACAGUAAUGAAAAGCAACGACAACAUUUAUUGCUUGUCCCCAUUUAAACUGGAUCCGAAUUUGAAUCAAUCAACAUCGUAUGAUGAUGUAGAUGUCCCUUGUAGCAGCAGAGCGUUACGACGAGAAAAUAGAAAGAGAGCUGUAUCUGGUACUCAUCAGCGCAGCGAGAAGAAAAAGAAAACAAAAUUCAGUAGACAGAAGUCAAAUGAUUAAAGAAUAUGAUGAUUAUUUUACUCAUCCAAUUCACAUUAUUACAACUAUUCAAACUACACUGAUUUGUAAUGACUCGAAUAUAUGUCAAAUGUAGCUUUAGCAUCUUGAAAUUGAGCAUUUUCAAAUAAAAUGUGUUGAGUUUAAAAUCCAGCAAAACGACCCCUUGUGACAUUGCCUCUCCUGCAGUAACCAAUAUGACAAAAGGAGGAGGUUGAAAUUAACAAGGAGCGUGGUUUUGGUGCUUUCUUUGUUGCUAAAAAUAACUUGGCUCUAAAUGCAGUUUAACCCGAUUAUUCCUUAUACUGAUUUCGAGUUUCAGUUUUUCGGUCAAAAACUAUGUCAAACGCUAACCAAUUGUGUGAAAUGUAAGUCAGACUUGUAGCAAAUAUCUAAAAUAGAGCUUGUGAAUGCACGUUUCAGUUAAAUAUAUAGAAUAGGGAAAUAAACGGUAGUGCAAAAUACUGGUCAAAAUAGAGUACCAUUUAUUAUAGUUGAGCAAUAUAUAUACUAAUAUUGAAAUAUCAAUUUUGAAAAAUA